AAGCUAGGGUUUUGAGUGGUUUCGUGACAGCUUGGCACUAGGAUUUAUUUGGGUUGGUUUUGGUAGCAAUCGCCGGAUUCGGUGUAGGUGGGAUAUGAUUCCACGUCAGAUCGAUGAAAUUUUCAAUCGUGGAGAGUUCAAUCUUGAGUCCUGUGUAGCUUAGCUUUUUAGGUUGCUCUGUUUCUUGUCUGCGCUAGAAUUGCUGGCCUCUUUUGUUGCACAAAUUUUGCAUAUCAAUUAUAUUGUGGAAGGUCAUGAAUGCACUUGCAGCUCAUAUUUUGUUCUGAUUGACAGCUUAUGUUUUGUAUUUUCUUGCCAUUGCUUUUACAAAUGUAGCAUAAAUUCAUUAUUUGCUAAGCAUAUGGGAUACACUUAUUCAUGUUGACGAAUAGAACAAGUACCUUGUAAUGUCAUGCUGUGCUACUGAAUUAGCAUAACAUUACUUUAGCUGUGGGAUCAUGUAACAUUUUGUUGUCAAGUCAGCGGUUUUGCUGUUUACUAUCUUACAGAGCUGAUUGAAUUUCUGAAUUAAGCGUGUGACUAACUUUUUCAAACACCUCAUUGUGUCUGCAGGAGUCCUGAUUUGCUAGGUUUGCUUCAGCCCAUACGCUGGCACCGUUGUCUACAGCAUCGUGCUCCCCGCCUCGAGCUAGGCACUACAACCUGCGUGCAAGAAAAGGAAAACACAGAGUCAAGAUGAACCGUUGCCAUUGGGACCCGGCCAGUACCUCCUUGUUCCUUGACCUCUGCAUUGACGAGAAGGAGAACAAAUUCAACUGGAACAAAGAAGGGUUAACUACAGACGGGUGGCGUAACGUGCAUAAGAAAUUCAGAGAACUCGGCGGUUGAUUUACUGAUAAGCAGAUGAGCAACAAGCUGCAAACAUUGAAAAAAAGAUUCAAGAGGUGGAUGGAUCUGCAAAAGUACACUGGCCUAGGUCGUGACAAGACUACGGGAGGGGUUGCGGCUGAUCAAGAGUUGCUGGAGGCUAUAGAUGACAUCGAGAAUGCUCUCGAUAAUCAGGAUACCCAAGAUGACGACGCUCAGGCGCCUGGUGCACCACCUCCUUACCUAGAGCAGCUGCUCUGGCUGUACGGUUCCCCCAAAGACAGGGGAUCAUUCAUGUGUGCCGGAGGUAUUGCAGAUUCAGUCAGCCCCCCAAAUGAUGCACCCGCUGGCUCGUCAAACAAAAGAGCGGCCGUGGAGACAGAGGUUGACAGCCCACCCAAGAAAAAGAGUUGCAGUACAGAGGACUACAUGAGGCAGCUAACUGAAUGCAUACAAGAACGGAGUGCUCGUGAUCGUACCCGUGAGCAGAUCGAUGUUGCCGAAUGCAUGGAAAUACUGAGACAAGACGGUGUUCAGGAGGGGUCCGAGCUGCACUUCAAAGCAAUGGAUCUAUUCAGGAAGUCGGUUUGCCGUACGUUGUUCAAGAGCUUGCAAGACCCAGAGAACCGCAUCAAAUGGAUCGACUGGACGUGGACCAAUGGAAAGCUACAGUAGCAUCUAUCGUGUAUCGCCAAGCAGUUGGCUUGACGGUUGCAGUUGUUUUAGUGUAUUUUAUGGGACAGAUGAACAAUGCUUGUAAUAAUGUUGCUUAUGUUAUCAAUCUGUACUAGUUUAGCUUCCUUCACCUUGGUUGCAGUUACUGAAUUUGGUUUGUUUACUUUGUUCAAAUUGAUUUCAUGUA